GUGGCUUUUGGCGCUCAGGCGGUGUGCCGAGCCGUUGCACAGCUCCUCGGUUGCACAAUGUGAAUGCGGCAGGAGGAGGGUGCCGCCGGAAUGAGUCGGCGAAGGAAGUUUGCGGACAGCCCUGGCCGGAGGAGCACGCCGCGCAGGGCGGCUGCCGACGACUGCUGCCCAGCAGUGGAGCCGGGGUCCCGAUGGUCCAGGGCGGCCCGCAACUCCCGGCCCUGCAAGGCUGGAGCUCGGCCUUUGCGGCGGGAGCGGCUCCAGGCGGCGGCUGACGACCGGAGGAGCCCCGGGGAACAGUAUGAGACACCAACAAGAGUUAUGAAAGUGGAUUUAUUAUCCUAUACCUUAAGUUCUCCUAAUGAUCCAGAUGGACAGACCGAUAUCUUCUGGGAUCAGAAUUCUCCAAUGACCAAACAGUUAGGUAAAGGAAGAAAAAAGCAGAUUCCCACUCCAUACACGGAUGAGAUUUCACAUAUUGUCAACCGCAUUGCUCCUCAGGACGAAAAACCAGUGACAAACUCCAUGCUGGGUGUGUGGAUUGGUGACACUGCUAUUCCUUGUACUCCUAGCGUAGCAAAAGAAAAGUCAAGAGUGAAAAUCCGCUGCACAAAGUUAAAAACAAAAACUCGAGAAAAAGAACUCAUGAAAUUGGCUAAGCAGUUUGAUAAAAAUAUGGAGCAACUUGAUGUGAUUCAAGAGCAAGAUGGAAAGAAUCAUGAUUUUAUCCAGGCAGCUUCAGAAGCGGGACAUAUACACCACCGUAAAGAUUCCGUACAGAUGGAAAUAGAUAACACAGUUCCGGAAAUCGAUUGUGCUCUAAUGAAGAAGCAAAUGGAAGGAAACACCAGAAUAUCUGUGGCAAAGGAGCAAGACAGCAGUCAGAAACCCUUUGACCAAAAUGUUGAAGCAGCCCUGAAUGCUAUUUUUGAUGGUUCCACUCAGAUGUGUAGUGGACAGCUAAGCCAAGGUGUGACGAAUUCUUUUCUGAACAAUAGCAAAACUACCUUUGUGAAGAAAAGCAGUUCAAUAGAAGAGGAAAUUAUUACUAAUGAAACUCUGGUCACUGAAAACCCGCCAAGCAGAACUCCAAUAUCACCUUCCCCUCAGGUAGAUACUGCCUUACUGCGAAAAUCAUGUGUGACUCCCUGUGCUAAGAAGCCAGAAGCUUCUACUAAACAUCUUGAUGGGCUGACUACUAAUGAUUUUGAGGAUGACUGGGAAAGCUUGCUAGGCAAUGAACCUUUCCUCAUGGAAAAUGCUGAAAUGCUUCAACCCCCUCCUUCAACAGCUGCCCAAGGUACGAGUCAGAAUGCAGCGUGUACCAUCACUGCUAAAAAUGAUACAAUCACAUCAAGAGCAAAUAUGAAUCUAGGUCGAAAGUCGGGAGAUUCGAAAGUAACCCUGGACCUUCCUUCAAAGCCAUGUAACAGAGAACUAGGAAAUUCUGGAGAAUAUAGAUUUUUAUCACAUCCAAGUGAUGAAUCAAGCAAGUUACCAUUAACUGGAAAUAAAAUGAGGUUUGAGAAAUCUUUGGGUAACAUUAAAGAUGACGGUUGUGUUGAUGUCUCUAAUAUUGCAAGAGUAAAAGAAGAUAGUCGCAGUAAGUGUACAGUUAAGUGUGCUUCUGAUAGUUCUGGUUCAUACUCAAAAUAUCUUAAUGAAAGAAACAAUGGGCUUAGUGUUAACCUGCCUUUGAAAGCGCCUAUUGAUACUGCUCCCCUUGGUUCUGUAUUCUUGGGCAAAGAAAACAGACUAAUGGAUCAAAACACAAACCAGACUAAUGGAUCAAAGUUCAGUUCUUCCCUCGAUGACUGGAAUGAUCCUUUGGUGGCCAGUGAAGUAAUUGAAGCAUGCCAUGAGUUCGAGACUACCUGGGAAGCGGAUGAUGUAGAUGACGAUUUGUUAUAUCAGGCAUGUGAUGACAUUGAAAGACUAACUCAACAAGAAAAUAAGGGCAGCAAGCAGUCAGAAAGUAUAAAUAACACUUCCAAACAGGGACCCAGAAAUAUUUCUACUGCAUCUAAACAACAUUGGAAUCUUACCAGUUCCUCGGUACCACCGUCCCUAACAACUAACUCAGAGAUACAUAAAUCGUUGGAGGUAAAGAAAAGAGACACGUGUGGAGCUUAUCCCAGUAUUUUGGAUGCUACAACAAAUAUGUCUGUGUGCUUUAAGAAUUCAAGGGAUAAUCAACAUGUACCAGUCCAGUUCUCCUGUAACUUCUUUCUGUGGAAUGCUUUAAGUCGUUCUGCUGAUCUUCUUACACUGGCCUGUUGCAUCUGUUUCUUGGGAACGCAUACCUGACCUGGCUUCAGCAGGAAGUCAUCUCUUUCGUGGAAACUAUGAAAGCACUUGUUGAUGGUGAAUGUGUGCUUCUCCAGCAGGAUACCCCUGCCUUCACACUAUUCUACUAUCCUCAUUCUUCAGUUGCUGUUGGAAGCACUAGCAUGUGAAAACCUGCCUAGUUUGCAUGGGUUGGCACUUUGCCAGUUUCAAGAGACAUUAUCCACAAAAGUCAAAGGAGCAGCUGGUAGGCCUGGAAGCAAUAUUCUUUUGUAAGCCUUUUUGCUGUUUUUGCUUCAUAGAAAGGUUAGUUCAGCAAGACCAUUGUUGCAGAGUUUAGACAGAUAACUGACUACAAGAACAUGGGUUAGUUAUUGCAGAAAUAGUUAUAUAUAGUUAUGAACCACAUUUUUUUCCUAAUAUACUUUUAAAUUACAAAGAACGAGUACCUUCCUCUGCAUCUGUAUGCUUACUACUGAUAUGUGAUGGCUACUAAUUAUAUUCUGAACGAUUUGUGGUCACAUUCUGUUUGUGAAUUUUUUCUUAUUCCACUGAAAUUAUAGCUCGGAGUCAUUCAGCUUUAGAGUUGAAAAAUGUUUCUUGGAAAAGUUUAAAUUUUAUUUAACAUUUAAUUGAUCCAAGUGUUAAACUGAAUUUAAAUUGUUCGAAUUAGACUAUGAUUUUCAGCUUUUACUAGUAUGCUCAUAAGCACUUGUGAAUUCACAGAGCACCAGAUGUCUUGUGCCUUCUCUUAGGUGUCAUAAGUGAACAUGCAUAGGUGUUGAUUGUAGAGUUUUGUCUUUCUAAAGUUCUUUGGGUAAUAAAUCUUAAUUGGUUAGCUUCAUUUAACAUUGCUAAAUGUUUUACUUACCUACCAAGUAGUUUUAAGCUUUCCUUUUAAUUCUUCUCAAUACAAUCAUAUAACACUUCUAUUUUGUAUGUGAGGGAAAUCUAGUAAAUAGAUUAAAUGACUUUCUCGAACUCUAUAGUUUAAUACCAAGUGUGAUUUAAAAAUUCCAUAAUCAAAAUAAGGUCACUGUUGUAUAUCUUACAAGAGCAAACAUUGUCUUGAGAGUGUAGGCAGAGGCUGCUCAUUUGUUCCUGGCCACCGAGACCUGAAAUACCACAAAGAAACUGUAUUAAAACACUGCAUGGCCAAUCACUUAAGCAUAUUGCUAGCUAGC